GUCAUUGUGUGACGUUUGUAACGUAGAGUCGUUCAGUACUGAUAUUAGCGAGCUUUGUCUGGAAGAGAAUAUGUAUUACAGAAUCAGAUAGUUGUUAUCCAAGUGUACUCACUUUAAAGCUUUGGUGUCGUUGUUUACCCCGUCGGCAGUUUGGAAGUACAAUGACGGAUUUGACAGAUUCCCUGACCAAAGAGGGCUGGUACCUCAGUGAUGAAGGCAUAGCAGAACUGAAAGGAUCUGCUGAGAAGAUAGCACACAGUGACAUUAUUCGUAUUGCACUUGAUACAGAUCUCAGGACUGUUGGGAGAAAAUGUCUACCAUCCGAUAUCAAUAGUGGAAGAACUGAGAAGUUGGAGGGUCCAUGUGUCCUCCAGGUGCAGAAGGUGAGAAACAUCUCAGCUCCUAAAGACCAUGAGGAGUCCCAGGGUGCGCCGCGAAUGCUGCGCCUGCAAAUGACAGAUGGGCACACCACCUGUGUUGGACUGGAGUUCAAACAUCUGUCUAAGAUCAGUCUUAAUACCCCACCAGGAACAAAGGUGAAGCUUCUUGGUACAGUCCAGGUUAAAAAUGGUCUUUUGCUGCUUGAUGAUUCAAAAAUCUCUGUCCUUGGAGGAGAGGUUGAUCACAUGGUGGAGAAGUGGGAACUACAAAGGAGUCUGGCCAAACACAGCAGGAGUAACAUUGGAGCAGAAGGCGGACCUCCUCCCUUUGUGCCAUUUGGUCAGAAGUGUGCCAGGAAGGAUGAAGUGGACAGCAGAGAACUGGACCAGAGGAAGACCCUGCAGACUCAUAAUGUGGUCAAAAGUACGGACGAGAACGAUGAGUUUGAAAAGCAGCGGACGGCAGCUAUUGCUGAGGUGGCCAAGACCAAAGAGGGCCCCCGCACGUUUGGCGGUGGAGGAAAUGCAGGCAGCAAUUUAUCCAGCGCUGCCUCCUCCUCCCGAAGCCGAGACUCCUACCAGCAGAGGAGACGGGAGGACCGGGCUGAAAGAACAGAAAGCAGACAAGAUGGAAACUACAGAGAGCUGGUUGAUGAACGCGCUCUGAGGCACAUCAUGGAGAUGGGCUUUAACAGAGAGGCUGCUCGACAGGCUCUGAUGGACAAUAAUAACAACCUUGAAGUGGCACUGAACAGCCUGCUGACUGGAUCUUCUGGUAGCAGACCUGGCCCUGCGGCAGUUGAGUCUAACAAGCCACAACCCAGAGGCAGAGGAAAGGGAAGAGGCAGGUCAAGAAAUGAAGAUGAUCAAGAGGGAGCAGGAGGAAGACCAUCUGGACCAAGCACAUUGUUUGACUUUCUGGAAUCCAAAAUGGGCGUUUUCUCCAUUGAUGAGCCAAAGAGCCAGGCACCACCGAGACAUCACGAGAACAAAGCAAAUUUCUACAACUCAGACUAUCACACCAAAGACGCCCCUCAGACCAGGUUCUCCUCACAUAACGACCAUAGGCAGCAAAGGAAUGACAGACCACCUCGCUUUCACAGGGACACUGAUUUUCCCAAACCUGGCCAGGAGCCUCUCUCUAAUUCUACAACCUCCCAAACGUCAGCCCAAGCCCAGCAGUGGAAGGGCCAGGAGAGAUGGUCGCGAGGGAUGUCCGACAGAUUGCAAAAUGACAAGAAAGAGAUGCGCGAUGAGCAGAGUUUUUCUUCUUCCUUCAUGUUUACUUCCACUCAUUCUAAAGAACCUCAGCAGCAGAUGGAGUUUAGUGGAUCUUACAACCAACGGUCCAGAAAUGGAGAUGGUGGUGGGCACAUAUCAGCGCUGUCUCACAGAAGAGGGGUAAAAGAUAAUACAGCCACAUCUAAACUGAGCAAUUCGGCAGGAAGUGAGGCGGACGGAAAAGGAAAUAAACGUGCAGAAGACAACAACAGCAGGAGAAAGGGGAAGAUGGACCGGGCAAACUCUGAUCACCCUGACCGACAAAGGGAUAGUGGGGCAGGAAACUUUAACUCAAAGGGAGGAAGCUCAGGGACCUCCCAAGAUCUGGGGCCAUCACAGACUUAUAUACCAACAGGGGAGCCUGCUCAUUUCCAAAAUGGAGUUAUGGAACAUAAAAGAACUGGGCCGAUCAAACCACAAAACUCAUCUUGUCCACCCAACCGGGAGCCACCCCCAAAGAAAAACAAUCCUAAUAACCCAGGACCUAAAAGAAGGGCAGGUCAAGGAAAAGGGCAAGGUCCUCGAGGAUCAGAGAAAAGUCAUAUUGCUGAACACAUGUGGAAACCUGGAGAUGAGUGCCUGGCACUUUACUGGGAAGACAGCAAGUUCUACCACGCCAGAAUAGAUGCCGUGCAUCCAUCUGGUUCCACGGCUGUGGUUGUAUUUAGUGAUUAUGGAAAUUGUGAAGAGGUGCUCCUGAAUAACAUCAAACCUGUUGCUGCUGAUGUCAUGGAGGAAGAUGACGGCUACUAUGACAGUUCACUAGAGUUUCGCCGCGGGGGAGAUGGACAGCCUAGACGCACGAGACCCACGCAGCAGUACUACCAGCCGCCCAGGGCACGAGAUUGACGUGUCUGCAUUUACACGGGCAGUGUGCGUAUCCCUCAUCCUUCCACGUUCUGCAACAAUCCAGAGUGCUUCCUGAAUUUUUAAGUGUCCCAACAGGCUGGGCAUACAGGACUAUUAAAAGGGCUCGCACACCAUGCAAAAAUAAAAGGAAAAAAAAACUGACAUGAGCUCCUGUUUAUUUUGUCAAGGACAUAUCUACUGUACAUGUUGUGAAGAUUUGUUAAAUGGAUGCAUCAAAUAAACAGUUAUUAUUAGUAUGUAGCGGAUCUGU